GCAGGAUGGGCCAAACUCGCUCGGAUCUAUCGCACAGCACCGCCACCCCAGGCAGAGCGAGGUGGAAAGCAGGCGAGACAGCCCAGCGGCUCCGUAUACGCAGAUUCAGGAGCUCAGAGAAGCGACGGGGUGACCAGUUAAACAGGAAUCCGAUGAAAAAUAAAGUGUUGUCGUGUUUGGGAAGGAGAAAGCGAGACUCCAGCCAAACGGAAGGGGAUUUCGGUUGCGGAAACGGAGCCGGAGAUCCAGCAACGCGCCACGAUCACAGAGUAGGAAAGUUGCCGAGGGACGAGGUUGUGUCGGCGGUUGGGGAACAUCGAGAAGCCCCGGGUUGUUUCGAGACACCAUCCGGCCUAGAUGAUGAUACCGGAGCUACCCAACACGUCGUGAGCCGAGAGGCAACGGCUGGCUCGUCCGAUGCGUCAGGUUUGGAAACGCGGACCGGAGAAGUCAGCGGUGCGGGCUGUAAGGAGCCGAAAGCCGAGCGGGAGGACAAUGCCUCCGAUCCCCCAAAGAGGGCCAUGGAAGACCAGCCACUGGGGGGAAACAACCGGGAUCACUUUGUGUCUGGUGUUAGGGUAUUGACGGGGACGAGUCCGACUACAGCCCCGCCGCUCACCUCUGACCCGGACACUGAGCGGACUUUGUCUAGCUUGCUCCCGGAUCAAGCUUUGGAUAGUGGACUGUCGAUAACGGACGAUCACGCUGAGGCGAAAAUGACAAAAACUGACUGUAGUACCGUUUCAUGUCCGUCCAAAGCGGCCGGUGACCAAAACAACUGUUGUCUGGUUGAAACUGAGAGUCGCAAGGAUUCUGAUCAGGCCCAUCAGAGUCCUCCAGGAGGCCCAAGUUUCACAGGAACCAUACCGAAACUCAUCAUAACCCGAGACCCCAGUCCGACCCGCUCCCAGGGGACACCGCCUCUGCUGACCGUCCCCACGGAGCUCGGUACCAGCUCGUGUCUUGACCCUCACCCUGAGGACGAGUCUCCCUGCUCGGACAGCGGCUGCGGGGGCUCCCCUGCCCUGAUGCGCUCCCCGAGGAAACUGUCCAACUCAUCCUCCAUCGGCCUGUCCUCUGCAUCGUCCUUCGAGGAGUCCGAGGACGACUUCACUGGCAGCGACAUCGAGUCCAGUCUGUCUCCGGCCCGGUCUCUGUGCAGCCCAGACGAUGGGACAGGGAAUAAGUCCUGGCAGAAGUUGAAGACGAUGGUUCACUGGUCCCCCUUCGUCGUGUCCUUCAAGAAGCGUUACCCAUGGGUGCAGCUAGCUGGCCAUGCAGGUAACUUCCAGGCUGGGGAGUACGGACGCUUGUUGAAGCGAUACUGUGAGUGUGAGCAACUGUGCCUACAGAAGCUGAUGAAGGACACUCUGCGACCCUAUGUGCCUGGUUAUUACGGCGUCGUACAGAGAGACGAGCAGGACUAUAACCUGAUGGACGACCUGCUGGCAGACUUUGACUCACCCUCCAUCAUGGACUGUAAGAUGGGCAGCAGAACGUACUUGGAGGAAGAACUGAUAAAAGCUAGAGAGCGUCCACGUUUGCGGAAGGACAUGUAUGAGAAGAUGGUCGCAGUGGACCCCGGGGCCCCUACAGAGCAGGAGAGGGCGCAGCAGGGCGUCCUCAAACCCAGAUACAUGCAGUGGAGGGAGACGCUCAGCUCCACGGCCACCAUGGGCUUCCGCAUCGAAGGCAUUAAGAAAGCUGAUGGAACUUGUAACACCAACUUUAAGAAGACAAAGCACAGAGAGCAGGUGAUGCAGGCGCUGGAGGACUUUGUUGACGGCAACACUCAGAUUCUGAAACUCUACAUGCAGCGGUUGGAGGAUCUGCGCUCAGUCCUCGAGCAGUCACAGUUUUUCAGGACACACGAGGUCGUCGGUAGCUCUCUGCUGUUUGUGCACGACGCCUCGGGGAAGGCCAGAGUGUGGAUGAUCGACUUUGGGAAGACGGUUCCCCUGCCGGACCCGCGGACUCUGGACCACAGGACUCCCUGGGUGGAGGGCAACAGGGAGGAUGGUUACCUGUGGGGACUGGACAACCUCAUAGACAUUUUCAGCAGUAUGCUCCCACAGACACCUUGAGAGGGAGACUCAGAAGACUAUAAUGAAAGAUUUGUCCAAGUCCAGAUGGUGGAAGAGAUACAAGAUCAGGGGAGUUUGAAGAAAAGGAAAGACUGACAAAAGAAUGAUUGAAGAGUUUGAUUACUUUUUUCAAGACCCACUCCUUGACCCAAGCGUCUUUAUCCACCUGUACCUGUGUAAAAAGAGGAGGCAAAGCAAGCGCAGGAUCUCUGUUGCAGAGUGGAACAUGGUAAAAGACAACGUCAUACAUUAUGCUCCAUUUGUGGAACUUAGGGACAGGUGACCUGCGAUCAGUUGAGGCUGAAGGUAGUGGAAAGAGAAAGAGGGAGAGACUUUAAUGCAGAAUUGUAACAUCUGUCACUGGGACUGUGAGAAUACAGUUCUAUGAAUUCAUGGACCUCUGACAGUCACUAUUUCCUGCAAAGACAUGUAAUAUAAUAUUAUGCACCUCCCUCCUCAACAUCUCCCCCUGCUGGUUAGAGUUGCACAGUGUACGCUGACAGCCAUGAAUUUUGAUCCAGUGGUAUAAAACCUUUUUUUUUUUUUACUCGCCUUUUGAAAGGCUUUGGUAAUGGGAGUUGUAUUGUUGUCAUGGACCACUUUUGACGUUUAAGUAUACAGCAACACUAAAACACUGGUCAGACCAUGUGUUAACUAACUUGGUGUGUAAAUACAAUUUUAUUUAAAUUUUGGCCUUGGUAUAACCUCCUUACCUUGUUUGUACAAUUUCUGUGCCUGGCAUUUUUAAAGAAAGAGCUGUUUGAUCAUUCCAGUGCAGUGGACUCCUGCUUUUUUUUUUUUUUUUUUUCCUUCCAAAGAGUUCACCCAAGUAUAAACUGAUUUACAUCUAAUCCCAAAGUUUAACUUCUAAUAGAAACUGAAAGUGUUUUCUUAAUUGGAUUUUUGUAUGAUUAUGCAGUGAAAGUUUUUUUUUUUUUUCCAAGUAACUGUACAUUAAGCAGCUUGGCAGCCAUGUUUGUCUGGAGUUUGUUGCACUAUGGAUCCUCACAAAGCCAUUGAACAAGUCAAACGGUGCCUCUGUGUCUUAAGAUGGGAAGCAGCAGUCAAGUGCUGGGUUUACAGAUGCAGACAUUUAGCAGUUUAACAUGAAUUGAAUUCGGUGUUAUCACUCGAUUCUGUGAUCAGUGUUGCUUUAGAUUUCCAGGGAGUUUUACAGUAAAGCCGUGGUGUUUAGGGUGAAAUGAAACUGGAAUAACCUGAUUGAACUGAUAAGUCUGUUUAGGCUUUCAUGAGAUUUCACUUAUGUACCAACUCACACAUGAUGUUGAAACUGGAAAAUUUGAACGUGUCUUAUGAUUGAAAGGAUGACGCAUUAUUGAAUACAAAAAUAUCUGUUUUAAACAUGAAGACGUUGCUGUAAACCUCAUAGCUAAACUAAACAGGUUUGUGGGUUUGAAUUUUUGUAUGCAAGAUCAAGAGUUUACAAAGAAAAAACAUUGUUAUAUUUAGAUAGUAACACAGUGCUUAUGAUCAUAUCUGUCAUUCCUUCGCUGGAAUGCAGAAGGUUGGUGAACAUGGCAGUCUUCAGUAGACGUCCUACGACAGCGUCAGGCAGCACUGUUUUGGUGUGUGUGUGUGUGCGCGCGCACAUAGGCGGUUCACUUAGCACACAAAUUGCCUACAUGACUGCAAACAUCUGACUUCAUGAAAUUGGAAUUUGCAUUUGGGAAAUAAGUUUUUCCAUCUCUGAAAAAUAAACAUACAAGGAGUAAGGAAUAAUAGUGUUUACAAGUCUUUCUUUGCCCAAAAAUUCUCUAUAUUUGUAAAAAUGCAAAUGAUCAGGUUUUCAAACUGGGUGCUGCUUUGUUUGUAAGAAAACUGGAUUCAUAACCACAUUUUGUAUUUUUAAAGGCAGCAUAUUUUAAAGCUGUAAAACACACAAAGACUGGUGAAAAUUGUCAAUAAAUCCCUGCUCUGUCCAGAAGGUCACAGAUUGCAAUAAACUGGAAAUAAGA